AUGCCCAAUGAUUACUACCUGGUGCAAUUCUCAGCAGAAGAAGAUUAUCGUCAUGCUCUUUAUGAGGGCCCUUGGAUGAUUGCGGAUCACUACAUACUAGUUCAACGUUGGAGACCUUUUUUCACAAUAACGACUUCCCAAACAAGGAAUGUUGUUGCAUGGAUCAGGAUUCCAGGCCUACCUAUCGAACUCUACAACGAUCGUUUCUUAUGGCGUGUGGGUAGCAAACUUGGCACUAUGCUUAAGAUUGAUAAAUUGACAUCUAUACACUCGAGGGGAAAAUUCGCCAGAAUAUGCGUAGAAGUUAACCUGAGAAAGAAACUAGUGUCUAAGAUAAAUGUGAUGGGACACAUAAUCAAACUAGAAUAUGAAGGACUACAUUCGAUUUGUUUUAGAUGUGGAAAAUAUGGCCACAGACAAGACAUUUGCGGAGAAGGUAUGGAUCACCAUCCUGUUAAUGGUGAGGAAGGCGCAAAGGUAGGUGAAAAUGUGAUGGAGGAUGAUGCAAGGAACCAAGACGUAACUAUGGGUACUGCUACCCGUACAGGCUCUAUGAAUCAAAGUGCAACUCCACCUUCAGAGGUUGAUCAGUCCAAAGCUUCGAAUGAUUCAGAGGAUAUGUAUGGGCCAUGGAUGUUGGUCAAAAAAGACUAA